AUGACGGAGACAUUCCUUGCAUAUGGCCAAGAGUUCGGUGAAGGAAGUCGAGAAGACUUCCUUGUCAAUUUUAAAGAGGCCAUGGCCAGGACCGAGCGACGUGCAGCCAACGAUAUGGAGUAUAACCAAGCUGCUGCAACAAUAAACACGGACAUCGCCACUACCAAUGUUGAGGUGUCUCCCGAGCUAGUUGCACCCGAUGACCUUCCUGAGGACCAGGAUGGGGAAGCCAUGCUACCACGACUUGCGAAGCAUGACGAGGAGCGUGGGAUCAUCGCUACUGAUGAUGAUUCAAUGAAGAACCGAUGA